AUGGCGUUCUUCUCGGCAAAAAAACGGACGGGAACUCAGAGCCCAUAUGAAGGCCUCGAGGAAGAUGGCGCCCAGGACUUGGAGGAAAGCCGUGAUUCAUUUACCUCGAACCAGGGCCAUAACCAUCUCGUCAGCCAGCUGACAGAAUCCAAGCUACAAGCCAUGAUAGACACACAGUCAGCACAACUGAUAGCCCAAUUUCAAACCGCCAAAGCAGGUAUACAAAAAGACAUCCAUGAUGUCACAUCCAGAACGACAGUCCUGGAAAGUAGAUCAGCAGAACAGGCUGCAGCCCAAGAAUCUCUAUCUGCCCAACUACAACACAUGGAAAACAGACUUAAUGUGCACGAAGCGAAACUUGCAGAUCUCGAAGAUCGUUCCCGCCAGAACAAACUGCGGCUGCGGGGAGUUCCGGAGACGGUGCCGGUGGGAGACCUGCAAGCGUACGUAGCGGACCUCUUUCGACACCUGUGUCCUGACAUCCCGGCAGAAAUGUUUCUGCUAGAUAGAAUCCAUAGAGUGGCAAAAGCUAGAACAGCACCGCCAACAGCGCCCAGAGAUGUGUUAUUGAGAGCCCACUAUCAUCAUAUAAAAUAA